CUUUUCGCUAGCAAUAGCUGAGUUAGACAAUAUGGUAACAGUGUGGCUGGAGAAUUCGCGGGUCAGGAGGGCUUAUAGAUUUCAAAAAUGAAGAUAGUACUUUUUUUUCCCCUGUUUUUUUAGAGGAGCCGAAGCACUUCUCUUUUUUUUUUUUCCUGUUUUUUUAAGGAGCCAAAGCACUUCUAGAAACCCUGCUAAAGGGUAACUGUGCUUAACCUAAACGUGGAGCUACCGAGUCCACAUGACACAAGCAAUGCUUUAUAAUUACGCUAUCUAUGCGCUCAACGUCAAGUGAAAACGAUAACACGUGUUUUAUAGACCCCAGCACUUUAAGAUCGGAUAAAAAGUUUGUGCUCUGCUUGCUCCCGCGACGCAUCAAACCUGUCCCAGCCAGAAGCACCGAGUGGAAAACCAGCCAUGCCGUCGUCGGCGCCGGAGCCGCACGUGGUGGAGGACUGCCGCGGCGUGCUGCAGCUGAUGAGCGACGGCACGGUGCGGCGCAGCGCGGUGCCAGCGCUCCCGGUGGACGUCCCCGACGACGAAGACUGCGGCGUGGAGUGGAAGGACGUGACGUGGGACCGGCAGCACGACCUGAACGCGCGCCUGUACCGGCCGGGGCACCUGGGCGCGGCCAACGACGCGCGGAUCCCCGUGGUGGCCUACUUCCACGGCGGCGGCUUCUGCAUCGGGUCCGGGCGGUGGCCCAACUACCACGCCUGGUGCCUCCGCCUGUGCUCCGAGCUCCCCGCCGUGGUGCUCUCCUUCGACUACCGCCUGGCGCCCGAGCACCGCCUGCCCGCCGCGCAGGAGGACGGCGCCAGGGCCAUGGCCUGGCUGACGCGCUCCGCCGCCACCGACCCCUGGCUCGCCGACGCGGCCGACUUCGCGCGCGCCUUCGUCGCGGGCGACUCGGCGGGCGGCAACAUCGCGCACCACGUCGCCGCGGAGCUCGGCAAGGGCGGCGGACGGCGGCUCGCCCCCGCCGUCCGGAUCCGCGGCGCGCUCCUCCUCGCGCCGGCCUUCGCCGGCGAGGCCCGCACGCGCGCGGAGCUGGAGUGCCCGCGCGACGCGUUCCUCACCACCGAGAUGUUCGACAGGUACGCGCGCCUCGCCCUGCCGGACGGCGCCGACAGAGACGACCCCGUGCUCAGCCCGGCGGGGCCGCGCGCGCCUGCGCUGGAGGCCGUGGAGAUGGCCCCUGUGCUGGUGGUGGCGGGAGGCCGCGACGUGCUGAGGGACCGGAACAAGCAGUACGCGCGGCGGAUGAAGGAGGAGUGGGGCAAGGAGGUGGAGUACGUGGAGAUCGCCGGCGCCGAUCAUGGCUUCUUCCAGGUCGACCCGUGGUCGGAGCGCGCCGACGAGGUCGUCCGCGUCGUGCGGCGGUUCGUCGUCGAGCACAUGGACUCGGAGUAGGACGGUUGAUGGUGAGGGCCUGAGAGGUGACCUGGCCUGGCUGGCUGCCUGGCUGACGGAGGACCAAUCAUGAUUUGUUGCCUGCCACUUGGAUCAUGAAUGAAUGAAUAAAUGAAUGGUUUUGCUUUUCUUCUUU